ACUUCAUUAUAUCACAACCGCCAUUACAAUUUGAAAACGAAAAAAUUAGCGCUCGGAAUUUGUUAUUUGCGUAAUUCUUAUAGUGUAAAUAAAUUCGUACACACUAUAUAGCGAAGAAAAUUUCGUAUUUCAAAAUGGGCGCUAAACAAACUAAAAUUGAAGGCACAUAUUUGCCUGAAACUCCAACAGUUCCAGUUGAUAAGUGUUGUAUACCCAAUGCCAUUGAUGAAGCAAAUAGCAGUGGCAAAAAUAAUUGUCUUCAAGAUCCGCGUUCACCUAACAUAUGCAGGACACCUAUCAGCGUUUACUCAGCAACAUAUCAAUGCGUGGAUGCCCAAAAAAAUGCCGGUGAUGACAACGCUGAGAGCACUCUUGGCCAGCUACGUAAAAGAUUUUUCAAAGGAUUUACUUAUAAUUUCAAUGAUCCACGUUCACCUGGUUAUCAAUUCAGUCGUACGCCAAUUUCCUUUAACGAUUCUCAAGACAAAAUCCUCGACUUGGACGAUACCUUUGCUGAUUUAUUUGCCGACACUCGAGCACAGGCGGUGGUACCAGAGGAGGACAAAUCGGAACAAGAUAUGGAAGUGCACAUGACUAAAAACACAGAUACUACUAAUAUUGAAAUACCAAAAGAUGAAUCGGAAGUUAUGAUUAAUGAAGUCAAUGAAAGUUCAGUUUGCCUUAAAGAAAAUUCGAUAUCUGUAUCGGAAAUAGAAGUUUUACCACCAUUUACGCCAAAUGUUUUAUGUGUACAAGAUGAAAUUGAUCCACGCUCUCCGACAAUUGGUGUUGAUCGCACACCAAUACUAUUCAAUGAUGAUGAAGAUGAAACCAAAGAAAGUGUUUUGUUGGAAUGUAUUUUGGCUACGCUUUCGCUGGAUGUGAGCGAUAGCAGCAUUUGCUCAAUUGGAUCGAAUGCAAAUUCUCCGCAGCAAAGAGGCGAGGCAAAUAAAAUUGAUCGCCAAGGACAACUUUUCAGAAAAAUCACACAUAAGCGUAUGCGCCAAACGCACGCCAAAGACAAAACUCCAUUAGGUACACGCCGUCUAUCAACAGAUGUACAAAAUUCAUCGCUACGUGUAUUUGAAAGUGGUGAAAAUAUUGAUCCAAAUUUCAAUAUCGGCUCAAGUUUUAAAUCAAAACAGAAAGAUGUGCUAGAUAAUAAUAUUAAAAGAACACCGCUCAGUUGUAUUAAGAACAAGGAGAAUUGGCAUUCAAGGCAUGUGGAAAGGUCGACAAAUUCGCUAAAAACACGUCUGGAGCAUGUCAAUGAUGACAGUUUUACCAUUAAAUCUAUAAAAAGCAACAACGAAAACAUAGAAAACUAGCAUUCCCUAUUACAUUUUAAGGUUUUAGACAAGGCGAAUCUAUUAAUGAAUGGGCCUUGGUUUUAGAAAAUUACUUCCACAAAGUAAGCUAUAAUUAUAAUUUUUUUUUUUACACUCAUAAUAUACGUUUAUUUAUUUUGCACUCACCUUUUCAUCAGCACAAACAAGUCUGUAAUUUUGCUUGGAAAAGCAU